AUGGAUAGAAAAGGCAUCGGAAUCGGGAAUAAUUACGCGCGAAUCCGGCCUAAAAUUGCCCCAAAAGUCGAUGAUGAACAAAAACAAUUGGCUAAUUUGGGGCAGACGAAUAUCUAUCCCCAGCAUCUGAAUCAUCAAGAGGAUUUUAAAAAAGUCUCGAUUGUCGCUCCAAUUCUCCUUGAUACCCAAGGUACAGCCCAAGAUGAGGUAGAUAAACAACCGCAGGCAACAAUUCCAGGAAAGAAGCAACUCACUCUUCAACAGCAACUUCAUGUGGAUCUUAUUCUUUGGAAAGAAGCGCACAAAAAUGAAUCUUGGGAAAAUGUCGCAAAUAGAUUCGGUAUUCCGCGAAAUCAAGCUCAAAGUAUAUACUACAAAAGAAAAGAACUAAUGGCUUCGAUAAAGCAUGGAGAAUUUUACAAAACUGAGAGAAAACAGACAAAGAAACCCAAAGCGAGCAUUGAUGUCAAAUUGAGCUCAAAAAGUCAAGUCAUCAAAUUGAAUGUCUCAAGUUGUUAUGCACCAAUCGCGCCUAAAAUUGCUCCGAAAAUCCAGAAUGAUGGAAAUUAUUCGGUACAAUCCACACAGUCGAAUGUCAGUCACCAAUAUUAUCUUGAUGCUGAAGGAAUUAUGCAAAAAGCCUCUGUAGGUCAUCCCAUUUUUGUUGGUCCCGAUGGCAAAGUACUCCAAGAAACAAAGGAUAAAGAACCCAGACCUCACGGCGGAAAACGGAAUCGUCUGACCGUACAACAGAAACUGGACAUUCUCCUUUGGAAAGACGAACAUCCAGAAGAUAAUGCAGCGAUGAUCGCAAGAAGAUUUGACAUUCCUUCAUCCACUGUACACUGCAUUUUCAAACAAAGAGCGAAAAUUAUGGAAUCGAUGAAACAUCCUACAUUCGGAAGUCUCAAAAAACUUCUUCCUGAAACCAGCAUCAAAAUGAAAAAAGCGAGAAUAAAAGCGAAUUUGCCUGUUGCUGAUCAUGUAAAACAAGAAGUUGAAGAAUUCCAAGCGAAAAGAAGAGAACGCGAAAGAAAGAAAGGCCCAAGAACAUGUGUUCGUGACGGUCGAAGGAGAAUAACGCUAGCUGAAAAAGCUGAAAUGAUAAAAUUUUGGGAAGAAGAAAAGGCGAAAGACCCGAAUUUAACCCACCAAAUGGCGGGGAAAAUGUUGGGUCUAAACAAUGCUACGUUGAGAAGCAUGAUCAUCAUCAAAGACGAAAUCAAACGCGCUCUUCUCAUUCCCGAAACAGCAGACAUGAUUUCCAUUCCCCAAGAAAAACGCCUCCGUCAAAUGUUUGAAGAUGCGGAAGUCGAAUUCCCUCCUUUGCCCGAGAAAGAGCCUGAGCCAGAACCUGACAUUCCACUCGACUAUGAAUUCACAAUAUCAGCCGCUGAUAUAUCGAAGCUAAUUACGCAGGUCCUGAGCAAAUCCGAAUUCGAUGCUGCAGCGCAAAUGCACUUUGUGAUGAAUUUUCGGGAGCUCGUCGAAACUACCAAUAAAAUUCCAGUCCCUUCUGGAGAGAAGUUUCUUCCAAAAUUUAUUCAGAAGACGAGUCGAGAUGUUGCUGAUCUAGAUAUGAUGGACCUCGAAGACGAUGAAAUUGUUUCUUGUGACGAAGAUGACUUCUAA